CAUUUUCUUAUCUUUCCAGUUUGCCAACCAUCUGUUCAUUUUGAUUGUCGGCUUGUCGUACUCAGCCCUUGCGCCUAUCAUCACUCCAUUCGUUGCUAUGUACUUUGGGUUUGGUUACGUCGUGUGGAUGCAUCAGACACUCAGUAUUUACAUGCCAGUCUACAGCUGCGGUGGAAUGAUGUGGCCAAGAGUCUUUAACAGGAUGAUUAUCGCGACUGUCGUGUUUCAGUUGCUGAUGUUUGGCGUGGUGGGCUUGAAGCAGUCAUACGCAGCCUCCGUACUACUCCUUCCGCUUCCGGUCAUCACUGUCCUGUUCUAUUUCGUCAUCCUGCAGCAUUACAUCAGACCUUCUGCGAACCUGGCGCUUAGUGCAGCCCAUGGCUUGAAGGAACCUGCUCCAAACUUCAUACAGGAUUUAGCUAAAAGCUACACAAGGAUUCAAGGCGUGCCCUUCCCAGUUCUUGAGCCUUCUACCUCUCAGAAAGGUGACUCCGCUGAAUCGCUCAACCAGGGGCCUGGAUCUGAACUAGAAACCAGUCUCCCGCUUACCCCUGCAGCCGAGAAGAACACGGAGGCUGUUUAGAGUACAACAGACUACAAACUGACGUCAACAAUCCAGGAAAGAAGUAACGAGAAAUUGUCAGAACAAAGUCAAGUGUUGUAGCUAUCCAUCAUGGACAAAUUGUUUAUUGCGCGCUUCUUAACAACUUAUUAUUCUUUGUCAAGAAAGGUUAAUUUGACAGUCUUGGGAGAUACUUAGUCUGUAAAGAAAGUAUGAGUUUGAUUUUGUUGCACUGUUAGUUAAGUUUCAUCAUGUUCCAAUUCUCUAAUUUUUUAAAGUAUUAAAGGUUAAGUUCAAGUCUUAGUGAGCGCAUUGGGUUCAGCUUGAAGAGUAGUUUUGAAAUUUGUCGUCAUUUUGGAUCAUUACUCGCCUUAAUUUUCCCUCCGUUCUUCUUCAUAACAAAGGAGCUGCGACAUAGAUUGAGUACAUGUGACUUCAGACUGCAAGUAUGCAAUUGGGGUUCGAGAGAAAUUUAUUGUAGUUAAGUACCCAAUCCGGAAGAAAUGCCAAGGAGUUGAAUAAACAAUCUGUAGUGUCUA